AUGCUAUCAGGCCACAGCUCACCAGUGAUCCUUGGCGGCGGCCACUCUCACCGCAACACCCUUGGGGCCAUCAAGCGUCCCACCUCUCGCGGCUCCUCUUCCGGCGGCUGCUCCACUCCCAACAAUGGCCUCCUCGUUGGCACGGAUGGCGAGCUCCAUGACCCAGGCUACAAUGAGUCAUGGCAGGCUCUUAAGGCUCAGCUGGAGAACACCUCCACGGCUAGUCCGCUCGCUCGCAAGUCGACGCUCAACUCGAUGAGGAGGCGCAGCAUCUUGCCAGACGACGCCGAGGCUUCGUACGAGGAGGAGGAGGAGCUCGAGUCACCGGCCUCCAUUGCACGGCGACAAGCUACAGCUCUUCAGUCGCGUCGAUCGACUCUCGCCCCGACAUCUCCUGAGUUCAGCAGCUUUCGCUCUUCUGGCUCACCAUCGCGGCCCACCUCGGCUGGGAGCGGCUCAUCACGCCCCAGCCCUACCCUGUCCAGCAAACGUGGCGGCUCACUCCGCGCCUCCUUUAGCAAGCAAACUCCCAUCUCGAGUGCUACAGUCAAUCCGCUCGACGACUGGGGUAGCAGCUUCACUGGGUUGGUAGACGUUCAACGCGAGUCGAGGAGCAGGCGCAACUCCGUCGAGCCCGUAGCGUCUGACGCGGUGUGGAUCUCGAGGCCUAGCAGCCCGGCCAGCUCGACUGUCAGUGGCCGUACAGGCGGCGGCAUGGACGUCGAAGUUGCUGGCCCAAGCGCAGGCGUUGGUACUUCGAGGCGUCGUAGCUCGGACGGCUCAAAUCGGCCCGGCUCAUCGAGGCGUGUCGCCAACUUUGCCCAGGAGACGCUCAAGAAGGCGAGGAGUGAGAGCGAUCCUGCUCCGGCCAAGCGCGGGGCAAUGCCUUCCGCCAAUGACGACGACGAGGGAGGGUAUCAGCCCAUUCCUACCGCGGCUGGACCGACCUCUCAUCGAUUAUCCCCGAUCCUCUCUACGAGCGUUGAAGGGGAGGGGGCGCGACGUCGUAGUGCACACCAUGAUAAUCCCCUGACGCCUCUGGACGAGAAUGGAGGAUAUCUCACUAUGACCUCGGCCCUGUACGGGAACAAUGUCAACGAACGGCUCGAGCCGCCCGCCCAGCGCGAAGAACGCGAGCGCUCACAUCGCCUGCCCUUGUUGGGACGUAGGCCAUCGCCGGUGCAUCAGAGCCUGGGGGGCGGUGAUCAGGAGCACGUUAAGGACAAGCCGGCCGUGAAGACGUCGACCGAGGCAAUGGACAUAGACGCCCUUCGCCGCAAGAUGCAGAGCAUCGGCUUAGGAAUGAAGUUCAAGACGAUGCGCAUCAAGAAGCGUUGGGCAGACGCGGCCGCACACAAUGGCACUGGGCGCAAGCGCAGCGGCAGUGAGAGCAGCUAG